GUACACAAGCUACAAAUGCUGGUUGUCACUUGCAAUGGCUUCCAGAGAGACGAGAAGUAGUGUCGGUAAGCAGGUGGGUGAUUCUAAAGCACUAGAUAAAGCAACAGAUGUACCUGAUGUGAAGAAAGAAAAUCGCAAAAAUAGUGAUUCAGCAUCUGACAUUGAGCUGAAAAAGCCAAUUGGUCGAGCACGGACAAGGAAAACCACAGAAACAACAGACGACUCCUCUCAGGAAAGAAAUCCACUAGUUUCAAGAAGUGCUCGUUUUCGAUCUGCUAGUUUGCCCCCAGUGUCACGUGAACCUCACAGUCCUAAGGCCCAGCGAAAACUUCGCAAUGUGAAGGUGAACCCCCAACCAAAUGGUGUUAAGAACCAUGUCUCUCCGUACCGUACUCGUUCUGACACACCUAUUCAUGUAUUAAGAAGUGGAAAGCAACGCUCUUCAAUUUUAGGAUGGGUUUUUGAUGAUGCCCAAGUUCCACUCGAAUAUCGCCUUGGUCGUCGACGCACAACCAGUACUCCCAAAGAGAAACCAGAAGAUGAUGUCGUGAGCUUGAGCAGCAAAGUGAAUAGUCCUGGACCUGUUGAAAGUGAUAUUAGCACCUGUGAAUCACCAGUUGCGGAAUUGAACAGAAUCAGUGUUGGUGAGUUAGACAACGAUAUCAAAAUGCCAGGGUUGUGCUCUACGGAUGUCAAGAGUGAAGAAAGUUUCCUGCAGGAAACACGCAGUGAAGGUGACCCUUCUGAAAUGAAUAGUGACUCGAAUCUAGGAAAAACAAUCUCACACAAAAUAUCUGCACUAAUGAAACGGGGACAGGUUAGCCAAAUCUUGCAGCAAAUAUCUCGAGCAAGAGAAGAGCGCCGUGCCCAGGCUGUCGAGGGUGACAGAGGGAGUAGUGAUAAGAAAAAGGUGAAGGAUACAAACUCUAACUUUUGUGGUGGGUUGGAAACUUCGAACAGUGGUGUGAGUUACACUGGACCAAUGAGAUUCAGUCCUCUGAAUCCGGAUGCAAAUCCUUCUAAAGCCAAAGAUCGUGUGCAGAGUGUACCGAUGAGAGACGUUUUCAUACCAACAAUUUUUUACAAAAGAGAAAUGAAUAAGGAAAGGGAAGACAAAUCCAAAGUUGUGAAACCUGCUACUAUUAAAUCCCGAGUUAACUCCCUUAAAGAGCUGGGGCAAGAUGGGAAAGAAAGCAGUCAAAAAGAUGGCCCCAAAGUGGAAACAGAUGACACAAAUGGUGAACCAAAUAGAAAGGUAGACAAGGCAACAUCAACGUCUCCUGAUGAAUUUGAGGUGGGAAAAGGUGACACAUUUGAGGAUGCGUUGCAUCGAUUAGAACAAGAACUUUCAGAUGUUGAAAACUCGUCGAUGAAUAAUUCUCGGAGAAGUAGUGUAUCAAGUUCUACAGGGGGUCAUGACAAGAAAGUUAAAAGUGAAUUGCAUGUCAAAGAGGAGGUAAAUGACAAUACGAGUUCCAAGGCAAAGGCAGUAAAAAGAGAACCAAAGAAAACUGUGACCGAGUCAACUAACAAUACAUGUGUUAAAGCUUCUUCGGAGACUGAGACUGCAGAAACAGAAGAUAAAACCAGCCAACCAAGUGACAAUGUUCCUAAUGUGUUUGUUUCAGAGGUUGAACCAACAUCGGAACUACCUGGUGGUGAUUCUGAAGUGUGUGAUUCGAUGGACGAAUCAAAAUUGAAUGUGAGACGUUCUGUUCGUUCAUCUGCCCAGAAGGCCACAGCUUUAAUCUCUGCAGGUUCUACCAAGCCAAAACCAAAACUUCCAACUCCACAGUGUUCUGACGAUGAAGCAUCAAAUAGCAGUUUUGUGUCAGAGGGUGAUUCUGUAAGCAUGACAGAAAGUGGCAUGAAAAAUUUGAAAGCAAAGACAAAAUCUGCUUUAAGAAGUCAUCAAAAAUCUUCAAAUUCAGAGACUGAAGACUUGGCUAUUGGCAGUGAAAAUUCAUCAGGAAAGAAGAAGAACAUUUCAGCAUCUAAAGCAAUUACAAUAGCAGACAAAUCCUGUAAAAGUACCUUGAAUCCUAAAGAUGUUAGGGUUGAAAAUGCCAAUACACCAUGUGUAAAGGCUGUUGAAAAAUUAGUUCCUAUAGAAAAUGUUGAUAAAUCUGUCUCUCCAGUUACCACUGUGAAAACAAUUGGUAACAGAGGUUUGUCUAAAUUCUCCAAGACUGUGUGUGAUGUGGCUGCAAUUAAGAAAAGCCUAGAGACCAAACUAAGUGUCCUUGAAAAUAAAAAGUCUGUUGAAAAUGAAGCUUCAACAACUGAUGGUGCUAAGAGUGUAGAGGCUCAGACUGAAGACACUGUAAGUAUUAAAAAUAAGGCUGACAAGACUGAGGAAGAAAAAGAAUGUAGGAGAAUGUCAGUGGUGGAAGAUACAGAGCAAGAUGCUGAAAAUAGAACGAAAGAUGGAAAGAAGUUGGAACAAGGAGUUGAAAAUAAAUUGGUUCCGAAGACGGAUGUUCCAGCUAAUCCAAAAGGUGUGAAGAAGGAGAUGGGAACAGAAAAGACUGAUGACAAAUCAACAGGAAGUGAGAAGGGAGGAAAGAGAGAGGAAAGUACGGUUGAAGGGACCACUGAGAAAAAACCUGAUAUGAAGGGAAAAUGUUUGGAAAAGAAAGGUAAAGUUGAAAAUAAGGUGACUGAAGAAGCAAUAAAUCAGAAUAUUGAGAAAGAAAGUGACAAGAAAAAGAAGUCGGAAGAGGGAAAGAAGGAUGAGGAGAAAAUUGGAAAUUGUGAGGAAAAGACUAAAAAAGAAGAAAGUAAAGCAAAGAGAAAUGGGAAUAGUAAGGAAGAGAAAAAACUUGAAAAAUCUGAACAGAGUAAUAAGGAAGAGAAGAAACCGGAAGAAGGAAUGAAAGAUGGAAGGGUAGAUACUGUAAGUAAGAGAGAACCAAAAAAGGAGAAUGAAGAAAGUGAUAAUGAAAAAGGUGCGGAGAGUAGAACCCAAAAGUUGAAAAAUGAGGAAGAAGUGAUGGCAAAGCUGGAGCAGGUGAGAGAAGUGAAGAAGAUGGAUACAAGAAGAAGCAAGGAUGAAAAAGUCAAAGCAGAUAAUGAUAAAAAGGUCUGUAAUCAGGAAUUAAACAGUGAUAAAAUGAAACAUGUUGAAGAAGCUAAGAAGAGAGUGCCUGAAGAAGAGCAGAGGAAGGUGACUAGAGCUUCUGUUCAGAAGAAACGAUUGGAUGAACAAAGCUCUAAAAAAGAUGAAGGUGGAUCUCAGAAUGCAGCUGUCUUAAAGGCUCAGAAGACACAAGAUCAAGCGUGCAAGGAAGCUGUCAAUGCUGGUGAACAAAAUACGGCAACAAAAGACGUGUUUGUGAAGGAGGAGAUAAAUGGUGAAAAUAAAUGCCAAGAAGAAGGAUCUUUGAAUAUUUCAGAAGAAAGCUCUGAAAAAACUCUUGUAGAGAAUGUAGUGAAUGAAGAUGAGUCAAAGAAAAAUGUCAACUUAAAAAUGACAGAAGAAAAUGAGCUUAAAAAAGAGCAGGAAGACACUGAACUGGAGAUUGAAGAUGAAGAUAAAGAAAAAAGGAAAGUGGAAGGUGUAGUGAAAGUGGAAGGAGGAAGGAAAGUGGAAGAAGGAAGGAAAGGGGAUGAAGAAAUGAAAGUGAAAGAAGUAAGGAAAGCGGAAGAAGUAAGGAAAGUGGAAGAAGGAAGGAAAGCGGAAGAAGGAAGGAAAGCAGAAGAAGGAAGGAAAGCGGAAGAAGGAAAGAAAGCAGAAGAAGGAAGGAAAGCGGAAGAAGUAAGAAAAGCGGAAGAAGUAAAGAAAGCAGAAGAAGCAAGGAAAGCCGAAGAAGCAAGGAAAGCAGAACAAUCAAGGAAAGCGGAAGAAGGAAGGAAAGUGGAAGAAGAAAGGAAAGGCACAGAGAAAAGGAAAGCAGAAGAAGGAAGGAAGGUGGAUGAAGGAAAGAAAGUUGAAGAAGGAAGGAAGAUUGAGCUAAGGAAAAGGAAGAGAGAUGUAGAGAGUGAAGACAAUAAGUGUCAAAUCUUAGAAAACAAAGAACAAAUUAAGAAAUCUAAACAAGGCAAAGAAAGCAUGGAUGUACCUCAAUUGACAGGAAGUAUAUCCAAUGAGGAGUUGAAAAUCAAAUCAUCUUUGGAAAAUGGAGUGUUGUCUACUGCAAACCAGACUGUUUCCACCAAAGAAAGUGUGUCAGACAGUGGUGUAAUAACUGUAGAAACGUGUAAGGAACAGAAAAUUGUAAAUGAUGGGGAGAAAACUGUGGUAGAAUCUUCCAAGAAACAGGAAAUUGGAGGUGUUGAGGAAUCUGGCGAAAUUGAAAUGAAAGACUCACUCGAUCUGUCUCCCUCUCUUAUGGCUGUUGGAAAUACUGAAACCAGCAUCAAUAUUGUAGCUCCUCAUGAAUCUAAACAGAAAGAAUGUAAAGAAGAAAAUAUAGGUGAAACAGGCGAAAGUAGGGUAUCUCCUAUUAAACCACUAAAGAGUAAUACUGAGGAAGAAAAAGUGAUUAUUGAUGACAAAAGCGAUGAAAAUGAUAAAAAUGAAACUGACAUUUUAACUGUGAAAUCGAAUGAGAAUCGAGAUGAAACUCCAGAUGCUGUCACAACUAAGAAAAGAAAACAUUCGGAGAGUUCUGAGGAAGGUGGUUCUUCGAAGAUGUUGCACAGUGACAACACAGCAGAGCUCUUGAAGACCGAAGGCUCAGAAGAUGCUGAGAAGGCAGUUGAAGUUGAUGUUGAGAAGUCACUCUAUGUUGAAAGUGCUGAAGAUAAUCCUGUUACAGAGGAAUUUCAUAUUUCUGAAGAACCGGUGCGCGAAACACAAGAUAGCCCACCGGAAAUCUCUGUUGUGGAGGAGAUUGAUAUUUCUGAAGAACAAAAGAGUUGUAAUGGUGAUAUUGAACAUUUUCCUGACAGCCAACCACUCGUUGUUGAGGAAGAUGCUUUGUCUUUAGAUCUUGAACAGUUAGGUGCGGAGACUUCGCCUUCAGAUUUUAACAAAGACUGUGCUGUGCUGCUCCAACAACCAGACAGAGAUGAGAAUAUUGAGAAUGAGCCAGAAUUUGUGGAAUUGGAUAAGAUACGCGAGAAUGGUACAUUAAUUCCAGAUACGAAUAUAUCCAAACCAGCAUCAAAAUCCUCGGAGAGCUCAGUGUCCUCUGACAAGCAAAGCGAUGAUGAGAGUGAAGCUGCGAUGCCGGAUGGUAUCGAGUCAGAAGAUUCAUCUAAAGAGUCCCUCGACAUGAGGGUUGACUUGAAGGAUAUGGGGCUGGAAAAUGUUGGAGAAGAUCUUUUGCCGAAGGCUGUCAUCAAGGAGAAGUCAUUUUCGGAGGACGGCAAUGACUUCCUAAUGUUGGAGAAGGAAGACGAUGAUGAAGAGGUUGAGGAAGAUAUAGAUGUUUCUCCGGAGGUGAAGCAGACUGAAACAGCAGAAACAACUGCUCUCAAGGGGGAAGAAAUGCGUCUCGAGAAGGCCCAGAGUUCUUCAGGUGUAUCUACAGAUGAGCUGAGCCCCGAGGACUCGUCCAUCAAGGAGCCGUUCCUGAGCGCGCUGGGGCUGGGCCCGCGGGCCAAGGUGCUGGACGGGCGCGAGCACGGCUACACCGGCACGCUCAAGACCGUCAUCAAGGUGCACCGCUCGCCCGAGAAGCGCGGCUCCAAGUUCCGCUUCAUGGUGAAGAGCGGCGUGGGCGGCGCCGGCCCCAACGCGCCGGCGGCGGGGGCGGCGGCGGGCGGCGCUGGCGUGUGGCGGGGCGGCGGGCGCCGCAGGCCAAUGGCAGCGCGCGCCUCGCGGACGGCGCGGCCGCGCCGCUCCGACGCGCCGCCCGCCGCCGCGCGAGCGCGUCGAGUGCCUGCUGCAUUGGACCCAACUGCAGCUGAUCUCACCAACUUCGGACUUGGGAACCGCAAGUGUCUGAAGCCAUUUACUUUCCGAUCUUACUUCGAUCUUAGCACCAACUCUCCAUUUCUUAAGGAAAAUGCCCCCAACUCUGAGAAUGCUGAAAACAAAUCCAGCAAUAAAGAUGAUUCAAAAGGUCACAGCGCCAAAGCUGGUGAAAAUUUGGUCAUCCCUGAAAAGAGUUCGUCAUUCUCUAUUCACCCUGGCAGACUCUGCUCAGACGUGUGCAGCUACUGCUUUGGCAAAUUUGGCUCGUUGGACACACCCUGCCACAUAGCGCAGCUCAAAAACGUGGAGAGGCAACAGAAGAUCCUUCAAACUGAGACUCAUCUGACGGCUGACUCGUGUCUGUGUGAUGCGUGCUACCGGCAUGUGGAUCGCAAAGCCAACUGCCCGUCGUACAAUCCAUCUGGGAACAGGAAGAAGUGCCAGCGAACCGGCUCCACCUCCCACAACCAGUGUGUGUCAACUGGCUGCACGCAGCCAGCGGUGCACAUUGUGCGGCGCAAGUGGAUGGUGAAAUUGAAGCGGUGUAUCGGCAAAAAGGUUCCUGUUGAUAUGGAGAAGACAGCAUUGCAUCAGCCUUUUCCCCUGUGCUCACAACAUUACUUUUGGGUGGAACACUACAUGCAGUGUGGUUUAUGCAAGCGACGACUGUCACUUAAUCACAUGUACCUGCUGGGUCCUGAAGUGCAUCAACUCAAUCAGGCCCUUGCAAAUGUGUCAGUACCAGUUGCACUGUCCGAAAAGAUAUUUGUGUGCAAGCUGUGCCGUUAUUUCUGCCAGUUGUGUCUUAGGUAUCAGGAUCAACAAACGCUUACCUCUGGAAAUAGAUUAUUUUGUGAGAAUUAUCGCAAGAAAAUACUGUACCAGAACGAGAUUGAAAUAUCAGACAGUGACGACAAGUCUCAAAACUUCAUGCCACCAAAGAGUAAACGAAGAAAAACAAAAUCUGCUCCUUCAGCCAGUGAUGGUGAAGGAAAAGUAGAGAAAGAAAAAGGAGAAAAAGACAAGGAGUUAUCUGUUUCUGCCAGUAAUGAUCCACCUGUGGUAGUCCUUGAUGGUGGAGAUGGUAGCAACUCCAUGGAUUCAACAGACUAUGGCAGGGCAGGAGCAAGUACUCCUACUAUUGACUAUAGCAGCCUUGCAUAUCCAAGCACUAGCCUGGAUAUUUUGUCAACUCCGAUUCCAAUCUCCACUGCCUCGUCCUCCACUUCCACUGCUUCCUCCAAACAGCCACCAAAGACACCUCGAAUCCGAGUGAAAGUUGGUAACACUACACUGGAUCCAGCAACGGAAAUAAGACCUGUUUUCUCCCCUCCAGCUGCUGAGACUCCACCUUCUGACCAAUUCCAAAUGCAGGCAGGCUUUGACUUCAGAUCUCCAUACCAGCCUGGCUCUAGGAAACGCAAAGGAGACUGGGAAACCUGUAACGCAACAUUGCAGUUCACAAAGGAAACUAAAAAAGACUUUAUGAAUCUCCAGAGGCCGUAUGGAAAUCACUCGAGUUUCAUGCGACAUCUGGUGCUAUUGGAGAAGUAUUGGCGAUCUGGGGAUUUGGUGCUGUCUCCAAAUGCCAGUGUUCGAGCAAAUUCAUACAUCUCUAGUAUUGAGAACCGAAUAAAAUCUUUGGAAGGGCCAAUGCGUAGUCACUUGUCAGUACCAACAACUUCAGCACCAUAUGUUCCACCUGCAUUACCUAUCGUUACACCUUCAGUGUCUGUGUUGCCUCUCCCACCCCUGCUACCUGUGGUGCCUCAACAAGUACCUCUCCAGUUGCCACCACCACCUGUCGCAGUCAUCGACCUUCCUGUGCGGCGAUCGUCGGCAAUUACAACCACGACUUCGGCCGUUAAGCCCAUUACAAUCUCAACAGUUCCAGUGUCUGCCAGCUCCAACAGUUCUAUGGGCUCGUCACUCACUGCUUCCACAUCAGUAGCAGCGCGGCUGACCUCAAAACCAUCAGCACGGAACAAACCACUCCCGAACAUCAUUCAGGUGACAACUAGCAGUGGAAAGACAUACCCAGUCUACAAAGCAUUUUCCCUGCAGCAGAUCAAAGCACUUCAGCAGCAAAGAAAACAGCAACAGGUGUCUUUGAAACAAUCUCCGAAGCAGUCGCAACAGCAGUCUUCGAAGAAACAAGCCCAGGCACAGUCCCAGUUGUCUCAGCAGACACCACCUUUGGUGCAGAUGCCUGAUCUACUACUUCCUCAAACACAAACCAGUGCAACAGCAAAUAAGUCAAUGAACAAUGAAUUUAUACCAAUGAUUGGGGAUGUUUGGUCUUUGGCCCCAGAGAAAGCUACAAAAUUGUGGGAGAAAUCUGAGAUCGACAUUAUAUCGGAAAAAAAAUCAUCAACACCACCUUCCUCUUCUAGGCAGCCUCAGACAAGUGUUUCACAACCAAAAGUCUCAGUCACCAUCCUCCCAAAACUACCCUCAGGAAAGUCAUCGGGGCGCUCGAGCCAUCUGGUAAAUAUUGCCCCCAAACCAGUAGCAGUAAUGACAUCCACUGGAGUCCUUUUAUCUCGCAACUCUGAAAUCAGCGUUUCCUCUGUGUCUGUCAGACGUGAUGAUCCUUCGAAAUGCUGAUGUCGAAUGACACAAAUGGUGAUGAUGAAGAAAUCAAAAAUGAAGUGCAUCCACUACAUUGGUCCCCAGAAAGAUUUCCUUUGUUGUUGCUAUUUUCUUUACAUGCAAGGUGACUGGUGGCCAUUGUUGAUAUGUAAAGUAACUAAUUGUUCUUUGUUGAAACUGGCACAAGUGUGCUGUUACCCCUCUCCCAAUAUUAAUCUUAAUUUUGUUGUGUACCACACACUCUUAAAUAUUUGAAGUUUGUAUUUAAACUGAAUUAUCAUGACUUCCUAACUUUGAGGCAUCUGUUCUAUUUUAUUUGUUCUUCAACUGAGCAAAUAAAUAAGAGACUGAUAAUAUAGGUAUGGAAGUAAUAAGGAUGAUAAAGAAUGCAUGUAAAAUAUUGUUUUUUGUAUAUCUUGGCUGAGCAUUCUUGCUAUGUCCGUCAGUUGAGUGUGUGGUAAUAACGACAGUUGCAGGUGUAUAACUGCAGUUGUUUGUUAAGGAAGAACUGUAGUAUUAGUAGAAAUAUAACAUUUUGAAUAUUACUUCACUUGGACCAAUAUUUUUUAAUGAUAUUUGAAUGAAUUGUAAAUAUGUAAUCAACUCAGUGUAGCUUAAGAGGUUGUUGCCAAUGGGACAAUAGUAUCUUCAUGAGCUUCAAUAGACCUUUUUCCUCUUGAAAUGUUACAUUAUGAAAUAUAUUUAUUUAAAUUGUAUGUUUACUUAUAUUAAUUUUAUUUUUGCACAUAACAAUUUAAAGAAUCAUGUACACACUUUAAUAUCUUUUAAAUCAGCUCAUUAAAAUUUUUGCCAUAAUGUUUUUGAAGUUUGCAAUGCAUCUUGGCAAGUUGAUGUCACUGCAGGGAAAGAUUGAAACAAGUGAUUCUCUCUUUGCCACCAGGAAUUUGAAACAAUUGUGAAAUAUUUUAUCAGUUUUGAUUUGGUUUUUCUCAUAUUUUUUGUUGAAGAUCUGUGCCUCAAUAAUUAUGCCUUCACUUAGAGAAAUAAUUAAAAAUUCUCUUUUGUGGGCUUCCUGGUAUGUUGUGGGGUUAAUUUUUAGUUAAAAGAGUUGUGUAGACCAUUGAAUUAUUUUUAUCGAUGUUCAGUAAAGCACGUGGUGUGACCAAUGUUCAGAUCAUAGUAACUGUAUUCAAAGCAAUUACAUAUGAAUUUUCUUUUUAAUUUAAAAAGAAAUUUUGUGACAUUAAAAUGCUCUAAAUUUUUUCUUUUUCAAGAAUCGCUUUUCCUCACAGUUGCAAGUUUCCUGUCUUUAUGUAACAAUAUUUUAUUACAAAUGAUUGUGUAUGAUUAUUUUUCAGAUCCUUUAAUUUCUUUUAAUUUUAGUUUCACUAAUAUAAAUUCGCUUAAAAGCUUUAAAUCCUCAAAUUAUAAGAUGAAAUUGAAUUUCAACAUUAAUUUAUUUGUCAAAUUAUAAUAUUAUGAAUUGUAGUUAUAGUUAUUCCUAUUCUUUAUGUAAUUGAAGAUAUUUGGAAAUAUAGAAACAGGGUAUUAGUGAAAAUCAGAUAAUGGUUUGUUCUUAUUACAGCCUGUAGCGGUAUAUUAGUGGACUUUUUCAUGUGUGUUAGAUAAUGCUAUUGAAUUAAUGAUGUGAUUAUGGUAUUGGCUGAGACAAAACUUUAAUACUUUCAGGAUGUGAUUGGUUAUAAUUGACAUACUAGGUAAAGUUUUAUCCUGGUGGCAAAGAGUGAAUAAAUGUGGGAUGGGUCCCUAUUGCCUCACUGCCGCAUUAUAUAAGGUCAAGAAGUACAAAGAUUUCAGGUUUGCAUUCACUACACCGUGCCUAGAAUGAUCUCGCUUAUGAUUAUUUAUGUUAUAUUUCAACUCUCAGGCUUAUGCUCUGAUAAGUAGAUGACUUGCAAGUUGUCUAGCAGUUGCUAUGUACCAAUAUGAUACAUUCAAUGAUUAAAAAGUGACAAGUUCUUGUAGCCAUUUCUCUUCUGUUCCAUUGAUGUUUUGGCUGAUGUAAAGGUAGUUGACAGUUCUAAGUGCCAAUAUAUUUAUGUUUGUUAGACCUGAUGUAAGGUAUGGCAGUUCUUCAGAGCAUCUUCUGGAUAGCCAAAAUUUUUAAUUCAAAUUGUAAACAUAAAAUUGAUGCUUUCAAAUUUCUUAUUAAAUCUAAACCUUGACAGAUGUGUAACUUCUGUUUUGAAUUUCAGAUUUGAUAAUUUACAUUGAGCAAUAAGAAAACAGCAUCAUAAAAUGUGUGUAUAGUAUUCUAUUUCUUGGUCUAGUCUGUCUGGUCUGUAAAAAUGUUUCACUAGAGUUAUCUAAUGACAUGUUCAGGUACAAUAAUGAUCCAAGUUAUCUGCAGAUUAGACAUAGGUGAAUAAUUGCAAGAGAGUUGAGAAUUAUUCCAUGUACAAAAGCAUUGUAUGAUUUAGUUUCUGGUUGAUUGCAAAUACACACACAAUAUCACAUGCUUGAGUUAUAGAUUUGUCCAAUCUGCAAAUGAAAUGAGUAAUUUUAUGUAACAGCAAAGGGCACUUUGUAAUUGGCCGGUGGCAUUGGAUAUAUGUGGGCAUAUCAGAUGAGUGUAUCAGUAUACAAUAAAGUUGGCUCAUGGAUUGUUGUGAGUUUUGCAAACUGUGCUUUGAUCAACGUUUUGUAGUUUUGCAUUUGAAUAAUUCCAUUCUUUUGGGGGGGAAAACAUCCAUCUAUUAAGAGGUGUGAUUUCCUCAAUGUAAGAUUUCAAGGUAUCAUAAUUUUUGAAAUAAGGAUGGUGAAUUUUAGAUGUUACUCAAAAGGUGAGAAUAUAUCUGUAAAUUCAUUUUAAAGUCAUUCACAAAUUUUUGGAAAGGAAUUCGGUGUUUAGAUUUCUCUUCCAGAUUUUUUUUUCACUGGUUAUUUGUUUUUACUUUUUACAGAUUUUCUUUCAGAGCAGCAAUUAUUAAAUCCAAAAUCAAAUACUUUAAAUAUUUUUCUUGACUUUUAUCUUUAAAAUGUGUCAAUAUUGUUAAGUCUUGCAUAUUGUUGUAUAUAACUGUCAUUGGUAACAAUUCACCAUCCCAAAAGGAAGUAAAUUGAUGUACACAAGUUGUUUUGUAUGAGUAUUGAAGACAAAUUAUCAGACAUUAAUUUUCAUUUUUAUUGUGUAUUUGUUGAGUUUUCUUAUUAAAAAUACAAUUGUGAAUAUUAAACCAUUUUCAGUAAAUAAUAUCAUGUUUCUGUAUAUAAUAAUAUUUUUGUACUGAAAACCAAUGUAUGAAUAAUUUUUAGAUUUGUAAGUCUGAAUUGGAAUCCCAUUAUCUUGUAGCUCAUAAUUUGAAUAAUGUAUUUUUGGUAUAAGCAGUUAAUUUAUUAAUAUUUCAACUUCCUGAUUCGCCAUUUUUACUGUAAAAAUUCCAGUGAGUGUUCAUGUUUAACAACACAAUUUCCUGGUUUACAAUACAAUAUAUGUAUUUAUCAGCAGUCCUGGUGCUAAUAUGUCUUAUUGUACUCUUUCACAUAUUAAUGGAAGGUCAACCAUAUAACUUAUGUUUCUGCAAACAUUCUGAUGUUUGUAUUCAAAUAAGUCAGCUUUGAGAAGAUGACAACUUACGCUGUUCCUUAAUAGAGAUGUCUUGUCUCUAAUGUAAGAAUGUGGGUGCUUCAGAUUAUAUUUUUGUCCUUUGUCCAGUCGGUCUUUGCUUUCUCAUGAUCGCAAUUAAAAAUGUAACAUUCAUUUGCAUAAGUGAAGGAUCCCAAAACGACAAGUAUUAAGUAAAAGCAUACAGUUAAAAAUUCUAUUUAUCAUAUUUAUUUUUUGUUUUCAGUAAAUUACAAUUAUUUGUAUUUUAGAAGUGAUAUUUUAUGCAAUGUUGGGAUCUGAAACAAAUUUCACUGAUGGUACUAUGUUUUGUCCCUUCAUGGAAUAUGCAGAAAGAUUUGUAAUCCAAUGUUGGUAAUGUUCACUUGUUCUUUAUUAUUUCUUCAUUGCACAGAAUCUGAAAAUCUUUUCUGUACUUGCUUUGUUAGAUGUCAUGUCUGUUACUGGGUGUUGAAAGGAGACUAUAUCCAUCAUGUCUAUCUUUUCUUUUUCUAGUAAACUCUCUUAGUUGUUUCUUCUUGCAAUAUUCUAUUAUACUGCCUGUUUUUGCUCUGCUUAAUUUUGAUUGCAUAAAAUAAUUUUUAGAUUGAAAGGAAAAAUUAUUGUUCUUGAGAAUUCUGUCAACUAUAUUUUGAAAAUAAUUUUACUGCUUUCUUAAAGAAUUAUCCUAUUAUGACUAUACAAUUGAAAUAUGCAUUAGUCUGAUUUUAUUGGCGUGUGAAUCAUAUGCUCAAGAAGAAAAGAAACACGACAUUUUUUUUUGCCACACAUUAAAUUAUAAAUUGAAUUAAAUGUUCUAUUAAACUACAGCUUGUAUGCACUCUGAGAGUUAUUAUUUCAAUACCUUUUGAGCAUAAUGGCUUACCAUUGACUGUUGAAAUUUUAUAUUUUAUGCAAGAAAAUUGCCUCAGUUCAAUCUGUGCUAUUUGGUGAUGCAAUUAAUGGAUACCUUGACUAUUGCAAUAUCUGCACAGUUAUGUAAUGUUUUGGAAUGACUGUGAUAUUGCUUGACUGGCUUCUUGUUACCCAUUAUUGACUUCAACUUUCAACAAAUUCAAAUUAUAUUCAAAAUUUUGUGGAAGUUUUUCUUCUGUAGUGCCUUGAAUUGUUGAAGAUGCAUCUCAUCUGAUUUUCGGGACUUAUUUCCAUCCACAUAUUCCAAACAGGACUUGAAACACUUGACACAAGACAGUUUAUUCUGCUCAGGGAAAAUAAUUGUGGGCAUAUUGUCACCAUUUAAUGUGUUCAUGAUUUUGGUUGCUUGAAAUGUAAGGCAUAAGUUUUUUUAUAAGUGAGAAUUUAGUGGAUGAAAAAAAGUUGAUUCACUGAGGUGUUCAACUUUUAAACGACUUAAAAUCAUUCACGAUGGCGUUGUAAUUUAAUGAAUUGUGUGUUUGAAUCAGUCUUACAUUGAAGACAAUAAGAAAGAUGAGAAGUUUCUCUGCAAAGUCAGGCAUCGCAGUGAUAGCAUUUGAUAUUUUCAAAUAUGUUUAGAACUUGCUGCUGCAUUUGUAUCUGUGUAUUGAUCUCCUUCAUUUAAAUUGGUGUUUUCUUUGCUCUGUGAGAUGUGUUCAGUUUCUGUAUUACAUAAAAUUUGUACUUUUUGGUAUACAUAAGUGCUCAACUGUUUUGAAUGAGAAUUUAUUUCAAAAUUUGGUAUCAAAAAAGUUGGUGGAUGAUUGCUGUUUUGAAGAUGAUUAGCAAGUUUUGAUUUGUUUCUAAAACAGAGAAUUUUAUUGGUAAUUUUUCAUUUUGUGAAUGAUUAAUCUGUCCUAGUGUACAAGUCGAAUUCAAGGAUUAUUUUUUGCCAAAUAUACCAAUUUAAAUUAGCAAAGACAAUGACAGAUUUUUUCUUUUCUUUUCUUCCUCUUUCUUUCUUUCUUGUGUUACUAUAAAUAUUUGUUUACUUGAGAAUAUAGAGAGCAAUUUUUACCACAUUAUCAAAUGACUUAAUGGUUUUAAAACAAAUUUUGGAAGAAAAGAUUCUGACAUUUCAGAUUGUGGUUGUAUACAGUUGCAAUGAUAAUUGUUUUAACAUACUACAUUAAACUCUUCAUUGGGCAUUCUGUGUAAGUGGAAGAGUCAAUCGUGAACUUCAAUGUUAUUGUUGGAUUCCUAAAGUUUAACUCCUUUUAUCAUGUAAAAUUCAAAACAUUCUUGUCUCUGGUGAAUUCUGCUCAUAAUCUAUCCUAUUCUAAUUUGACUGUGCUC